AUGCCUAAUAUGACAGUCGCUGAGCCCACUGGCCUCCCAACCAUUGCUGAGAUCGAAGCGGCAACUGACGUUCUCAGCAUGCCUGACAAUUCAGCCAAAGUUGUUCGGGUGAAGGAGCAUUUUGCCGUCAAAUUCGGCAAUGGUAUUCCACUCUCGGAGGCUGAAAACAUGAGAUUCCUUGCGGCCAACAGUAAAGUGCCGGUGCCGAAGGUCUACCAGGCUUUUAUUGAUCCGGAGACUAAUCGGACUUUUAUCGUUAUGGAGUACGUCCACGGCGACAACCUUCAGAAAUUGCUACCAUCUCUUACGCCCUCCCAGAAAACCAUCAUCUGCAAGCUCGUUAAGGACGCAAUGAUUGAUCUCCGAAACAUUCCACCUCCGGAUUAUCUGGGUACCUUGAAUCGCCGGCCUUAUCAUGACGGUGUCUUCUGGACGAAAGAACAAAACCCGUUGAUCUCCGGCCCUUUUCCAAGCCAGAAGGAAAUGAAUCGUGGAAUUCUAGAAAGGUUGCGCCAGACAGAAUCGCCUCAGUAUAUUCGAUUAUUGCAAACAAUGGUUGAUAGCACACUGCACAGCCACCGGACUGUUUUUGCCCAUGGAGAUCUGCAACCGAAGAACAUUAUGGUCCAAGAAGUUGAAUCUCAUGAUGGUGAAAGCCCAAAGUUCAAAAUUACAAUCAUAGACUGGGAAAUUUCCGGCUGGUACCCUGAAUACUGGGAUUUCUGCAAUGCAACCAUCUCCUGCAGAUUUAAGCCUGACUGGCUCGCACUCGUUCCAGAUAUUCUGGAUGAGUAUCCCGUGGAAUACCUCAUGAUGCACGUUGUUUAUAGCACUGUAUUUUACUAA